AUGGCUAUACACACACACACACACAUAUAAUAUAUAUAUAUAUAUAUAUAUAUAUAUAUAUAUAUAUAUAUAUAUAUGAACCCACAGAAUUGACUGCAUUGCUACUUUCACGACCAAAAGCAACGCUCCCGCAUACAUACAUAUAUUAACUUUGGCCGAUAGAUCUUCUCCAUCGAUCGCCAUCGUCAGCACCACAUCUUGCUUUCUUUCUUCCUUCUAGUAGUUUAAAUAUUUCAUUAACGUUAAUCUCCCAGCCCGUUCGUACGUAGGUAGGCCGGUGGCGAUGUACUCCAUCGAAACGACGACGGUGCACACAUAUCAACGGCCAUCCUCGGGCAUAACGGUGGUGGCGCACUUCUUCGGCCUCUUGGCUCUCACUCUCUUGCUUGUUUGGCUGUUGCAUUAUCGUGGGGGUCUGGACCUUGAUUCUGACAAUGCAGAUCGGGUUUUCAAUGUUCACCCGUUCCUUAUGUUCUUUGGAUUCAUUUUCACGGCUGGUGAAGGAAUGAUGGCAUUCAAGACGGUAGCGGCUGAAAGGAGAGUGAGAAAGUUCGUUCACAUGGGGGUUAACCUAAUAGCUAUUUGUUUGGGGAUUGUUGGGAUACAUGCUGUCUUCAAAUUCCAUGACAUGAAGAAUAUCGCGGAUAUGCAUAGCUUGCACUCCUGGAUAGGCAUCGCAACUUUUUGCCUCUUCAUCUUGCAGUGGCUGUUUGGAUUGGUGCUCUACAUGUUUCAAGCGGCUUCAGCGGCGACGAGGGCACGUGCGCUUCCGUGGCACGUGUGCGGGGGAAGGGCACUGCUGUACAUGGCAAUAUGCACGGCGGAGAGUGGGUUGAUGGAGGAAUUCACUUUUCUUCAACUCACUGAUCAACACGAAGCUCGUUUAAUCAACUGCGUUGGCCUCGCAAUCCUCCUCUUCGGCGUUUCCGUUGAUCUUUCCCUUGUUCUCGGCCGCUACGCUUAAUUAUUCUAUUUCUACACCUAAAUAUUUAUAUAUAUUGAGUUGUGAGUUGUGAUGUUUGCAAUUUAUUUAUUUAUUUAUUUAUUAUCAUUAUUAUUUUAUUUUUAAUUUUUACAUUGAACUUGAAUAAGAUGGAUCGAUCUAAUAUAUAUAUAUCACCCUUCCUUA